AAUUUGUAUGUUUCAUGUUUGAGUUUUUAUGCAUGCUUAACCAUGCUUCUGCUGCCAAUGAUGUUUUCUAUGGGUUUACUUUUAUCUUGUCAUUCAUUAUCAUUUUUUGUCACCACAGAUAGUGUAGUGCAUUUUUUGGCCUUGGUUGAUGUUAGGUUAUUUCAUCAUCAAUGGCAUUCUCAUGGAGGAGCCCAUGUCAGUUGUUUUCCAAGUUGGAGCAAAUGGGGUUAGGUUGCUGGAUCCUGGUUCAGAAGCAAAUAAUCUUGCUCAUGAGUUAUACUCGCGGCGAGCACCGUCAAUAAAUGUGUGUGCUUGCUUCAAUCAAAAGCUAUUAUUGAUGCUGCUUCGUAUGUCCCACCUCCACCUUCAGAAGAGCAAAAGAAGAGGAUUCAAAAAUUGGCUGCUAUCGGAGAACAUAAGAGAAUGUAGAACAAGAAAGCUCUCUCACAGACAGAGACAGUUGGGACUGAUCAUCAGGUGA